AUGACUCUCAAAAAACGUCUUCGUAAUGCUAGACGGCGUUUAGCGUGUAUUUCGUCCCGUCCACCAAGGAAUCAGACAGAAGUGGGACAAGCAUGUCGUGGCAGUAUCAACCUGCAAGAGGCACGUAUCCAUACCGAUAAUGCCACCAACAGUCUUACAAUAACAGCAUCUUCACAAACUUUCCAUUUGAAAGCUCAGAACGAAUGUGAUCGUAAGCAAUGGCUCACGGCACUUGAAUAUGCCCGGCAUCGUGCAAUCCGUGACGCUGAAUCUGAUGAAGAUGAAGACAUGAAGAUGAAUAGUGCAUCAAAUGGUGGAAUGAUCGCUGUUGAUCAUAUGAAUAAAGCACUUUCAGCAAAAUUGGAUGAUUUACGAACAUGUAACAAACUGAUUGCAAAACAUGGAAGUGAGUUAGCACGUGUGGUGAAUGAAUUGGAACAGAAUGAGAAGACAAGGAUUCUGAGUGAACGGAUAUCACUGUUCAAAAUAACUGCUGCAGCGAUGCUGAAUGCUUGCGAUGAAUUUGUGAGUAUGCUUGCAAAGGAAACACGCAGAAUUGGUCGUUAUGCGGCAAAUGAACAUGAACAGCGGAUACGCUUACAAGAUCAACUCGAGGAACUGGCUCAACAGCACAGCAAUCUCGAGCGGGCCGCGUAUCGAACUGCCAGAGAAUCAGAUUUCAAUUCUGAAACUGAACCGCGUUAG